AUAAAUUUAUUUUCUUCAUUUGAUCCUUCUACAAAUUUAUUUAACUUAAAUUGGCUAAGAAUUAUAUUAAGUUUGAUUCUAUUACCAUCUUUUUUCUGAUUUAUUCCUUCCCGUUAUAAUAUAUCUUGAAUUAUUCUUACUAGAAGAAUUCAUAAAGAAUUAAAAAUCCUACUUCCUCAAAAUAUAAAAAGAUCAACAUUAAUUUUAUUAAGAAUUUUUAUUUUUAUUAUACUAAAUAAUUUCAUAGGAUUAUUCCCUUACAUUUUUACUAGAACUAGCCAUAUACCUAUUACUUUAAGUUUAAGAUUAAGAUUAUGACUAACUUUUAUAAUCUUUGGCAUUGCCUUUAAUACAAUAAAUAUAUUAGCUCAUUUAGUGCCCAUGGGAGCCCCUGCUCUCUUAUUACCAUUUUUAGUAAUUGUUGAAUUAAUUAGAAAUUUAAUUCGCCCAAUAACUUUAGCCAUUCGUUUAACGGCUAAUAUAAUUGCUGGCCAUUUAUUACUAACCUUAUUAGGAAAUAUAGGUCAAUAUAUAAAUUUUCUAACAAUUAAUGUUUUAAUUUUUAUUCAAAUUUUAUUAUUAAUUUUAGAAUCCGCAGUGAGCUUAAUUCAAGCAUAUGUAUUUUCUAUUCUUAUUACUCUUUAUGCUAGAGAAAUUCAUUAA